UAUUUGCAUUUAUCGCAUAAUUAUACAAAUAAAUACAUUUGACUAUUUUGCCGAAUAAAAUCAAUUCCUUCUAUAUAACUUUGUUUCAAGCAUAAUCGAUUACUCUAUAUUUGUUCGUGUCGUAGAACAUUUGAAACAAAAUAGAUAAUGUGUUUAAUGUUUUAAAAUAGAAUAUUUAGAACAUUUAUUAAACAAGCUAUGAUUCGAAAAAAAUAAAAUAAAAUAAAAAGAAUUUUGCGAUCUUUUUAUUGAAAACAAUAAUUAAUAGUGCAGUUACUACGCCACAGUGACGUUAAGUGGAUGUAGGAAAAUACAUAAAACAAGAAGUGGGCGUAGUCGCGUGUAGUUCUUUUCCCCAUCUAUGUCUCUAUAUAUUUUAUAUGUUAUUUUUCUUUUCUUCCAGUAGAUAUCGCGAAGUAAAGGCAAUAUAUAUGUGUAAGUAUGUGUGCAAAUCCAACAAAAAAAAAAUUAAACAAACAUAUAUAAUAUAUAACUCGUUUACAAUACGCACUUGUGAUUAAAAUGUUGCGCAUAAUCAAUCGUCCGCAAUAAAAAUAUUAUGUGUAUUGCAGCUUAUAUAUAAAAACACUUCGAUAAAACAAUUACUUUACUGACAUAAUAUAUGUGAGUUUUUAACGUGACGGAUCGAUCGAGCGGUAUUGCAAGCAUAUAUGUAUAAGUUACAUACAGCUUGCGUUGACAGUGCUAGGUCGCGUAUUGACAUAAGACAUGAGCGCUUCGUAAGCGAUCAGCUGAUUUAUUCAUAAUAUAUAAAACUAUACGUCGGGCUUACAAGAAUAUUUAAACGAUCGCUUCUCAACUUACGCUUUACAAGCAAGUUAUUAAAAUCACAAGAAUCAUUAAAUUCGACAAAUUCCUACACCACUUGUCUGAGCACCCCGAUAGGCUAUAACUCGUGUGGCUGUCUUGAAUCUUUGAUGAGAAUUUCAUCGUGCGUUUAUUAAUAUAUACGCUCUUCAUAUAUUCUCUUUCUGAUUCCUGGACGAACAUUGUCUGGCGUCAUGUUACAAGUCAAAUAAGCUCUUAUGCAUCACUAAUUGUCUGUUAUGAGUGAUAAUGUAAAGAAAUUCUUUACAUAUUGAAUUGAAUAAACAUGAGAAUCACGGCGUGCCAUUUUCGUCGUUGCAUAAUAGCAGCACUAUCUCUAGCGCUAUUAUUUUGUGUCUUUCAAGUAAUAAGAACAGAAUUAGGAUUUAAUGAACCUGAUCUUUCAAAUCUAGACAAAUUAGUACACAUAUCACAAUUAAUCAAAGAGUCAGAACAAUCUUAUGUGAGAGAAGGUGUUGCGUGCAAAUUACCUCAAUUAAAUAUCUCUAGUCCAGAAAUAAUGAAAUUUAUAUAUGAUGUGCCACCUUUAUCAUGUGGACCUGAAGACUGGGUUACAGUGGAAGGUUCAAGACUUAUUAUUACUAAUAAAGCAAAGACAAAGCAUGGACGAAUAACAUGCAUAUUCAGUGAAAUUAUCAGAACAGAUGAUUACAAUACAAAAUUAUUAGAUGGUAUACAAGCUGACGAUUUCUACACUUUGAAGGACAGCGAUUUUGCAAACGUUAGGUGCAAGUCACAAAAUGGAGAUGUGUGGCGUAGUGUACUCGCCGGAGUAAAAUACGAUCCGUACGUCGAGCAGCAACAUAAUUGGGAUACUGUGCCGGGCUUGAAAUUAAACGUGCUUAUGUUCGGCUUUGAUUCACUGUCGCGAAAUACGUUCAUUCGUAAACUACCAAGAACUUAUCAUUUUAUAAAACAGCAAUUGGAUGCUCUAGUGUUAGAAGGAUACAAUAUCGUAGGAGAUGGUACACCGCAAGCGCUUAUCCCAAUUUUAACUGGCAAGAUCGAACUUGAAUUACCGGAAACGCGAAAACGGAUGAGUCACAAAGCAUACUAUGUCAAUGUGUAUCCUAUGAUAUGGAAUAAGUAUAAGGAACACGGAUACAUAACGGGUUUUAUGGAAGAUGUACCGCAUAUCGGAACGUUUACGUAUCGCUUGAAAGGAUUCGACGAACAACCGACUCAUCAUUACAUGCGCACGUAUUAUCUAGCCGCUUCUCCGUACUUUAAAACAUAUAACAAAUUUUGUAUAGCUGGCAUCCCGCGUCAUAUGGUGAUGAUGAAUUAUAUAAAAACGAUAUUUAAUACAUAUAAAAAGCAACCAAAAUUUGUAUUUGGAUUUCAUGGCGAACUUUCUCAUGACUCUUACAAUGAUAUCGGGGUGGUGGAUAACGAUGUAUAUUCUUGGGUAAAAGACCUCCACGAUCAUGGGCAUUUAAACAAUACCAUUUUGAUUUUGAUGAGUGACCAUGGACACAGAUUUGCGGAUAUUCGUAAUACUCUCCAAGGUAAGCAAGAAGAAAGAUUGCCGUUUUUCUCUUUCAUUUUUCCACCUUGGUUUAAGCAAGCCCAUCCACAAGCUUAUGCAAACUUUGUAUACAAUACACAAUACUUAACAUCACCAUUUGACGUACACAAGACAUUGGAAAACAUACUUAACUUUGAUGUCCCAAAAGAUGGAGAUCGUCAUCAAAGAGCCAUCAGCUUAUUUGAUAAGGUGCCCCUGAACAGAACGUGCGCGGAUGCAUUCAUAGAGCCACAUUGGUGUGCUUGUCUUGGAUGGAAAGAAAUUUCGAUCGACGACAUGAACGUUGUCGCCGCUGCCAAUUAUUUUGUCCAAUUUCUUAAUGGUUAUACUGUGGAUCAUCAUGACAUAUGUGCGAUAUUACAUUUAGACAAAAUCUUAUGGGCUGCUAAGCUCAUACCUACCAAAGGUUUAUUAAAUUUUCGAAAGUCUGGAGAUCAAGACGGUUUCAUAGGUGAUUUUAGUGCCAAAACCCAAGUAGCAACGGAGAUUUAUCAAUUAAAAGUGAGAACAGUGCCGGGUGACGCGCUAUUCGAAGUUAGCAUUACUCACAAUCUCGCGGAAAAUACUUUCCACGUUAAGAUCUCCGAUGUUAGCAGAAUUAAUAUGUAUGGAUCUCAAGCGAGAUGCGUGGAAGACUCGCUGUUUCAUUUACGCAAAUACUGCUAUUGCAAAGGAUAAGGAGCUAAGUGUCUAUGUAUAGUAUAGUUUUAAACAUUGUACAUAGGAACACAACAUCAAAACAUAAAUCAAAGAAAGUGACAAUUUUAAUUAUAUAACACGAGAAAUGUUAUUUAAUUUUAAAUGAAAGUGCUGUGACUUAAUAUUUUUUAUGCUAUACAGAGUUUCCUGUGUUAGAUUGGUAUAAUUUCAUUGUGUGUGAUAUAUUAUAUUAUUAGACUUUAUUUCAAUUAUUAUACGUACUGACGAAUUUAGUUAAAUGAAUUAUCAAAAGAAUAUCAUGUGGCACAUAUCAUUCAUAAAAUUUAUCUCAUAAAAGAGAAGAGAUUCCUAAAAGAGAAUCAUUGCUUUAAAUUAUUCACGUAUAUCUAUUAAUUAGAAAUUAUAUUUUAUUAAUCUUUUAUUAAACGUAUAAUAUGUUUAA